GAGUGCGCUAAAGGCUUUACCGGAAAUGAAUGUAAACAAACUACCUGCUUGUUCCUCGUUUGUUGGUCAUUGGAAACGGUAUGCAGUGUGUGGUAGAGGAGAAACCAAACAAAAAAGGGUCUGAUGUCAUGUUUCAACAGUGUUGAAUAUGACAUUAAUGCCAGGAGUCCAGGGUCUGCUAGGCCUUAACAGAACCCUUGUACCAGCUUUUAGCCGCUUUGUCUCAUCUCCCGCCCAGCUGACAUCUGUCGGUCUUCCCAGGGGGCUUUGCACCGUCACUGCAACUGUCAGCAACUCAAAGCCUUCAGUGGGGCCUGAGAAUGAGUCCUUGUUGGAGAGCUUGACCUUCAUGGGGGUGGACGUGAAGAUGGUGCGCCAGCGCCAACCGGGAGUGCUUCGCAAGAUCAUCACCAAUGAGCAAGGUCUGGCUCACUUUCUCCAUGGCAAAGGCGCCAGCCGCAAAGUGGUGGCCGGCAUCAUCUCCCGGUACCCACGAGCCAUCACUCGCUCGGGUGAGCACUUGGAGCAACGCUGGGCGAUGUGGCGGAGUGUCUUCAAGAGCGACAGCGAAAUCGUCAGCAUUCUGGACCGCUCGCCCGAGUCCUUCUUCCGUUCGAGCGACAACGACAACCUGGAGAAGAACAUCGUGUUCCUGGGCUCACUGGGCCUCAACGCCAGGGACCUCCACCGCCUGCUGACCACGGCGCCUCGGACCUUCUCCAACAGUGUCGAGCUCAACCGUCAGAUGGUGGAGUUCCUGGAAGAUGUGUGCGCCGAGUUGGGUGGAGAGGACCCUGGGCAGUUCGCCAAGGUAGUGAUUUCCCGAAACCUCUAUAUCCUCAUCCGCAGCACCAAGAGGGUGAAGGCAAACAUUGACUUCCUCAAGGCGACUUUCAAGAUGAGUGAUCCGGAGCUGCUAGCUCUGCUGCAGGGUGCUGGGGCAGAAAUCCUGGACCUCUCUAACGAGUACCUGAAGAGAAACCUCAAGAUGCUUCAGGAGAAGCUGGCAUCUCUCGGCUGUCGGAAAGUCGACGUCAAGAAACUGAUCGUCUGCUACCCCACUGUGCUGUUCAUCGGGUCGGAUACGCUGAGUUCAAAACUGGACUGUCUAUUAAAGGGAGGGAUCACUAUGAGGCAGAUACUGGAGAAACCUAAAGUCCUGGAGUACAGCACGCAGAACAUCACCGGGCGACUGGAGGAGCUGCAUAAACUCCGGUAUGACUUUGAAAAGAACGGCAUCAACAUUCUGGACUCUAGCCGAAAACGUUUCGACGCCAAGUUGGAAAGACUGGCUCUCUCGUCAGAGGAAUGAGUUGUAACAACAUUUGGGUUAUGCUUUGAAUGAAUCAGACAUUUUUUUGCACUAGAUUUUUUCAUUGCUGCCUGAAGCAUAACCUCUACAUAUCACUGUCCUCCUCUUAAACUAUAGGAUUUGAUUGUGCAUAGCUGUAAUAAGCAAGGUAUACAUACAUACGGUAGGUAAAAACAAGUCAAUGAUAAAGAGAAUCAUGUCAGUAUCAGGAAACAUUUAUUUUAAUUUGAACCAAAAAGAGUAUGUAAAGUAGUGUCAUUAUAUUUGAACUAUGAUUUAGAUUUUUACGUAAGCUAACAAACUGUAUUGUAGUACUGUGUCAAUGUAUUUCUCAUUAUUGAUUCUGAGGCAGCUUAUUGAACUUACCAAUGGUUUUACAGAACUGUAAACUACCAAGAGGCAUCAGUACUGUUUUCACUGACAGAUUCUCAAACUUAUUUUUUGCCAGAUGAGCUGUCCGAUGAGAAAUCAGCCAAACUCCUUUCUUCCUAGCUUACUGUGCAUUUACACUUAGACUUUUUACACAUUUUGUUACGUUACAGCCUUAUUCUAAAAUGGAUUAAAUAAAUACAAAUCCUCAUCGAUCUA